AUGAAUGGUCUAGAAAAUUCUUUGUAUGAAGUUUAUUCUACAAAGAAGACGGCUAAAGAAUUGUGGGAGUCUUUAGACCGAAAAUAUAGAACUGAGAAUGCUGGCACAAAGAAUAUUGUGGUUGGGCGAUUCCUUGACUAUAAAAUGGUAGCUUCCAAGACUGUGAUUAGUCAAGCUCGGGAAUUCCAAUUAAUCUUACAUGACAUUUCCUAUGAGGGAAUGAUCCUGAGUGAGACCUUCCAAGUUGCUGCUUUGAUUGAAAAACUACCACUUGCAUGGAAGGAGUUCAAGAGCUACCUUAAGCAUAAGCGAAAGCAUAUGAACAUUGAAGAAUUAAUUGUUAGACUUUGCAUCGAAGAAGACAACAAGAAUUUUGAAAAAAGGAGUUCAAAACAAGAUGUGGCUAAGGCCAAUCUGAUGGAGCAAGGUCAAAACUCCAGGGGAAAGAAGAACAAUAAACCCAAUGAUAAAGGGUUCAAGUUCGGACCAAAAGGAGGAAUCUCCAAAAAGUCGUUCAAAUUCCUUAGCAAGUGCUUUAACUGUAAUAAGUCAGGUCACAAGUCAUCAGACUGUAGACUGCUAAUUAAGAACCGUGGUCAAGAGACUAAUAUGAUGGAUGAUAUAUCCAAAGAUGUUGGUGAUAUAAAUCUAUCAGCGAUGGUAUGUUUUGAACAAGUGACCAAUGGAGAUAAACUAUUUAUGGGAAACUCUGCCACGUCUGAGAUUGAGGAUCAGGGAAAAGUGAUCCUAAAAAUGACCUCUGCGAAAGAGCUAACUCUGAACAAUGUGUUGUACGUACCAGAUAUCUAUAAGAACCUUGUGUCUGGUUCACUGUUGAACAAGCAUUGA